CUCUCUCUCUCUCUCUCUCUCUCUCUCUCUCUCUCUCUCUCUCUCUCUCUCUCUCUCUCUCUCCGGGUUUUCAUAUCUCGGAGCUGCAUCAAUUAACGUUCUCACCAGAAAUCAUCAUAUCUCUCUGUUUUUCUCGGCAUUUAUGAAGGAAAGCAUGAAGUUUCUCAACAACAUCAACUAAACCGCUUUAAUGACCUAUCAAAGUCAAACAUUUUCUCUCUCUCAAUUUCAACGUUCCCCGAUAAAAUUUCUGCCACAAUUCAAUUCCGAAAGUAUUCAAACAUGAUUUCUCAUCUCCUCUUCUUUUCCGUGAUUCUAAUAAUAUCAACACCAUCGUCAACAUCUGCUCAAGCAAACUGUAAUCGGGUUUGUAGUAGUCAAAGCGGUGAUCGGCGAAAUACAGUUUCCUACCCCUUCGGAUUUAGCGAUGGUUGUGAAAUUCGUCUGGAUUGUUCCGAUGGAGAGAUUCGUUUUGGUGGAUACACCGUUCAGAAUUUUACCAGAGAUCAUAUAUCGAUUAUUCUACCGGCGAAUUGCAGUCGUUCGUUUGAAGAAAUUAAUCGCUUCGAUAACUCAAACUUCGCUCUCACUUCACGAAACGCAUUGCUGUUGGAAGACUGCAGGGCGAGUUUGAAUGAUUGUAUAGUGUCGACUAAUUUAGUUGAGAAUCGUUUCAGCAUACAACAGUGUGAUUCGGCGAUAAAUCGGAGCAUGAAUUGUUACUCUGAGGAUAAUUCUCGAGAAGAGUUCAUUGAUUUGACAGAACUGAAAUCCGCCGGUUGUGAGGUUUUGUUGUCGUCGGUGACGAUUGAUUUGAACGCGAACAGCUCACAGGGAUCGCCGGUGUCGUUGGAGUUUCAGUCGUUGGAAUUGGGUUGGUGGGUUCACGGCGACUGCGGUUGUCAUAAAAACGCGGUUUGCCGGAAUGUGUCUCGUUUGAAUCAGACGGUGGGUUACCGGUGUCACUGUAAUGAAGGAUACGACGGUGAUGGGUUCAUCGCCGGCGAUGGUUGCCAUAGAGUCUCGAAUUGUGGCGCGUCAAGGUACAUGUCUGGCCAAUGCGGUGAAACAUCAAGAGUUGGUGUGCUUAUUGGAGGUAUAGUCGCCGGAGCUUCUCUUAUGUCAACGUUCGCGCUCGUUUGCUACUGCCUUAGAAAACGGGCCGCUUCUAGAAACCUACGGAGCGCAAGACGACAGUUCUCUGAAGCCACCGCUAGCUUCAGUGUCCCAUUCUACCCCUACAAAGAAAUCGAACGCGCCACAAACUCUUUCUCCGAUAAACAACGAUUAGGUGUCGGAGCAUACGGUACGGUGUACGCCGGAAAAUUAACCACCAACGAAUGGGUGGCGGUGAAGAAACUCCGACAACGAGACACAGACGGAAACGACCAAAUCAUGAAUGAAAUCAAACUAAUCUCCACUGUAAACCACCCUAACCUAGUCCGCCUUUUGGGAUGUUGCAUCGAAAAAGGCGAGCAGAUUCUUGUAUAUGAAUUCAUGCCAAACGGAACGCUUUCACAACAUCUACAAAGGGAACGCGGGAAAGGUCUCCCAUGGACGGUUAGACUCACGAUCGUAACUGAAACUGCACACGCGAUUGCUCACCUACAUUCGACUAUGAAUCCGCCUAUCUACCAUAGAGAUAUCAAAUCUAGCAACAUACUUUUGGAUCAUAAUUACAACUCUAAAGUCGCGGAUUUCGGACUUUCCAGAUUAGGAAUGUUGGAUGAUUCCCACAUCUCAACCGCUCCACAAGGUACACCAGGGUACGUCGAUCCGCAGUACCAUCAAAACUUCCAUCUUUCAGAUAAAAGUGACGUGUAUAGCUUUGGAGUUGUUCUCUUAGAAAUAAUCACCGCUUUAAAAGUGGUUGAUUUUUCUCGGGAUCAUAGUGAGAUAAAUUUAGCGUCUCUUGCUAUAGAUAGAAUUGGGAAAGGUUGUGUGGAUGAUAUAAUUGACCCCUUUUUGGACCCGAAUAAAGACGCAUGGACACUUUCGUCAAUUCACAAAGUGGCGGAAUUGGCUUUCCGAUGUUUAGCAUUUCAUAGAGAUAUGAGGCCUUCGAUGAUGGAAGUGGCAGAUGAGUUGGAAGAGAUUAAAGUUAGUGGGUGGAACACGAUUGAUGAUAAUAUGACAAUUGGAUCAUUAUCAUCGGUUUCUUCAUCGCCGUAUAACGCCAGUGAGAAAUCAAUAGGCGGAAGUAUCAUAAAAAAGGUGGCAGGAGUGGCGGCAAUUGGUAGCCGGAGGCUUAGUGUUAUAUCAGAUUGUUUAACAAUACCAGACAAUAAAGAUACGAGUAAAGAUAAAGAUAAUUCACCCAUGUCUAUACAGGAUCCAUGGUUAAGUGAUCAGAGUUCACCUUCAAGCAAUAGCUUGUUAGGAAAUAUUGUUAGGUGACUUGUAAAAUGAAUCAUUUAAGAAAGAAAAGAAAUCUUUGAUUUUUUUUUUU